CUUAAGCGCGGCAAGCUCCUCUACCUGUUCAAGUAUCCCACCCACGACGUCGAGCGCGAGAAGCACCGCAACGUCAUCACGCGCGCGCGCUUCAUCAAGAACGCCCUCGAGUUCGCCGGCUACCGGCUCAUCCCGUGGGACUUCAAGAAGGGGAAGCCGCCCGCCUUUUGGGAAGAGGAAGGAGCUAUGGACGACGGUGAGGACGAUGAUCUCUACGGCCCGUCGGAGACCGCGGGCGUGUCUGUAGAGCCGAAGAAGCACGGUGUGAAGGACGAGUCGGAUGGGGAGCAGGGGGAUGAGCCCAUGGAUGAGGGACUCGAGUCGGGCGAGGAGGAAGAGAGCGAUUCCGACCUCGAAAUCAUCAUUGACAGGCCUCAGCCCGCCCCCAAGCCCUCCCUCCAACAACCCCCCACCGAAUCCAAGGCUAUCAAGAUCGAGCAACCCCCCCACCCCCCUGCCCCAGCCAGCAAACCCUCCACCACAACCCCCUCCGCUGCAGCCCACCCCCAACUGCCCGGCACCGCGUACCCCGCGGUCCGCACUUCGGACCUGGACGUCAAUGCCGACCCUGUCUACCCUCCGACCACCAAAACCAUCACGCAAAUCGACAUGGACGCCGACCUAGCCGAAUCAACAAAACCCUGGCGUCUGCCCGGCGCCGACCAAUCCGACUACUUCAACUACGGCUUCGACGAAUUCACCUGGGAAAUGUAUCGCCAGCGACAAGCGUCCAUGGCGGCCACCCUGAGUGCCCAGAAGGCAGAGACCGCGCAGUUCCAGCAGAUGUUCAUGCCGGGCAUGCAGCCUCCCACCGCCCCUUCAAACCCUGUUGCUGGCGGCGCGGCCGCUGGCGGCGGCGGCGGGCCAGGUGUUCCUGGUGCGCCAACUGGGCCGGCUGCUCAGACAGGAGGUGCGGCGGCCGAUAUGGGGGGCAUGCCGCCCGGUGGAAUGUCUCAGGAGCAAAUCAACAUGUUGAUGACGCAGAUGCAGGCACAGGGGGUGGAUAUGCAAAAUAUGGAUUUCGGCACGUUCAUGCAGAUGGCAGGGGCGUCGAUGGGUGGGUUCCCAGGGCAGCCAGGAGGUGGCGGGCAGUAUGGUGGUGGAGGGGGCCAGCCCGCGCAAGGCGGCGGCGGCGGCGGUGGUGGUGGAAGAGGGUCUGGACGCAGAGGUGGGCGGUGGUGAAGUGGACGUAGGGUUUCACUUGGGGAUCUCAAAUGGGUAUCUUGCUGGCUGGGUAGGCUAAGUCAGGUUCUAUGGAUCAUGCAUCAAGAGGCGUUUAGUGUACGAUACCAAGAUAGCUUUAGUUAAAAUCGGUCCGUCUUCAAGACAGCAAAUGGAGGGUAAG